AUGCCGUCCUAUUCCUAUCAUUUAAUCUUCGAGCUCUAUGCGACGCCCGAUCCCACCACCUCUGCCGUCGCCGAUACCAUCAACGACAUCUGGGUCCCCACCCCAACCUGCCCGACAAUCUUUGACGAUCUCCCCUCUCACACUCCACGCAGCGCUCGCCCGCCUUCUCCUCGACGUCUUCCAUUUCGACCGAAUCAUCAGAGUCACCAUCUCUACGAAGCCGGACCAAGCUCCGUUCCCCCACCAGACUUUUCCUACGCGUCAGGCAAGGUAAUCGACUGCGGCCGCCACCGAGGAACAACAAACGUAGAGCCCAACGAAGAUAUCACCCCGAACCCCGCCACCAAGCGACGCAACAUUGUUCACGUAAGUGAGCGUCAGUGGCGCGAGAGAGAGACCUCAGCCGACAUCCCUCUCAAGCCCGAAAUUCAAGGGAUAGGGCCCAACAAGGCAACCAAAGACUGGCGAUUCGGGCGCAUCAACAUUGAGAGCUUCGAUCCCGCGUCUGUCCCAUCAAACAACGGAAAGGCGAAAGAAGUCAUCAUGGAGGGACACGGCAGGCAGCCGGCGGCCAGCCUAGGUCCUAACCUAGGCGGCAUGGGACAAAACACCAAAGGCCGUUACAUUCCAGCAGUAAACACAAAGAACACGGAAGCUGGUUGGGGAAUCGUACAUCUAUACCGGGAAGCCGACGAGUUCUCGGCGCUGAACUCACCACCCCCAAUACCACCCCCACCAGGACUACAAGACAGCGGGGUUGGCGAGGAGGGAACAGUUUUGUGUAUCCCAGCGGUGCCAUCCUACAUGUCACCAUCGGAUUUCUUGGGGUUCAUCGGUGAGCCCUGGAGGGGAAGCGUAAGCCAUUACCGAAUGGUCUCGACAAGCAGGAUGAACCGGUACAUGGUCCUCAUGAAGUUCAAAGACAAAAAGACGGCCACGGAAUGGAGAAAAGAGUUUGACGGGCGGCCAUUUGAUACCUUGGCAGAGAGCGAGAUAUGUCAUGUCACGUUUAUCAAGAGCAUCACUGUCGAGACACCAGGAAGAAAAGGGAGUGAAGGCGCCGGGGUGGGAAAGGGAGAGACUGGCAUGAUCAAUUCCCUUCGCCCUUUCCCACCACCAACACCAAGUCUAGUCGAGCUGCCUACCUGCGCGGUUUGUCUCGAGAGAAUGGACGACACGGCCGGGUUGAUGACGAUUUUGUGCCAACACGUGUUUCACUGCACGUGUCUCCAGACAUGGAAGACGAGGGGCUGCCCUAUCUGCAGGGCGACGAACCCGCUCACGAAGCAGCAGCAGGAGCUUGAUGAUGAAGGGAACCCCUACGCGAAGCCGUUUGGGCACGGGGUUAGUAAUUUGUGCAGUGUGUGCGACGCGCCCGACAAUCUCUGGAUCUGCCUGAUAUGCGGCAAUGUUGGGUGCGGGAGGUACCAGAGGGGGCAUGCGAAGGAGCAUUGGAAGGAGACGGCGCACAGUUUUAGUCUGGAGUUGGUGACGCAGCACGUGUGGGAUUAUGCGGGUGACAUGUGGGUGCACAGGUUGAUUAGGGAUAAGGGGGAUGGGAAGGUGGUUGAGCUGCCUAGUGGUAAUACUAAUACUGCUGGGAGUGGGAGGGGGGAGGAUAUGGAUGUUGUGCCAAGGGCGAAGUUGGAGAAUAUCGGGUUGGAGUAUACGCAUUUGCUGACUAGUCAGUUAGAGAGUCAGAGGGUGUAUUUUGAGGAGAUGGUGAAUAAGGCUGCGGACAAGGCGACCAAGGCGGCGGCGGCGGCGGAGAAGGCUGCGGGACAGGCGAAGGAGGCGUUGAGGGAGUUGGGGGAGCUGAGGGAGGUGUGUAGGGUUUUGAGGGAGGAGACGGUGCCGGGUUUGGAGAAGGAUUUGGCGAGGGAGAAAGCUAGGGGGCAGAAGAGUGCGGAGUUGGCGAGGAGUUUGGGCAAGGCUUUGCAGGAGGAGAAGCAGGUCACCAAGGGGUUGAUGGAGAGGAUUGAACAUUUGAAGAAAGAGGGGGAGAAGAACGCGGCGUUGGUGGAGGAGUUGAGACAGGAGAACGAGGGGCUGAAAGAGAUGAAUCACGAUUUGACCAUGUUUAUCAGUGGGCAGGAAAAGCUAAAGGAAAUGGAGAAGGAGGGGCAGCUACAGGAGGGCGAGUUGGAAGAGGGGACGGUGGGAGUUGCUGAGGGGAGUAAGAAGAAGAAGAAGGGGAAGAAUAAGAAGUAG